CUGGAAAUAGACAAUAUGACAAACCACAUUGUUGUGCUUGGCGCCGGCGUUUCGGGCCUCACUACCGCCCUGCUCUUGUCUAAGAGCAAAGCCAACUCCAUCACCCUCAUCGCGAAGCAUAUGCCCGGCGACUAUGACAUCGAGUACACCUCUCCGUGGGCCGGCGCCAACGUCUUGCCUAUGGCACCUGCUUCCGACAGUAAAUGGGAAAGAAGAACAUGGCCCGAGAUGAAGCGCCUAGCCGCCGAGGUUCCUGAAGCCGGCAUUCACUUCCAAAAGUCCAUUGUCUACCGCCGCAAGAAGGACAUCGAAGCAGGCGGCAACCCCUACGACGCCCUCUAUGCCGUCGACCCGUGGUACCGCGAAAUGAUGCCCGAUUUCCGCGACCUUCGCCAGGACGAGCUUCCGUCCAACGCCCACUCGGGCUGCGAAUUCACCUCAGUCUGCAUGAACACGGCGCUCUACCUCCCCUGGCUGGUCGGACAGUGUCGCAAGAACGGCGUCGUCUUCAAGCGCGGCGUCAUCGAGCACAUCCGCGAGCUCAAGAACCUGCACCACACCGGCAACCCGGCCGACAUCAUCGUCAACUCCUCGGGCCUGCUGGCGUGCAAGCUGGGCGGCGUCGAGGACAAGACGGUGCGUCCCGCGCGCGGGCAGGUCGUCAUCGUCCGCAACGUGGCCGAGAAGAUGGUCACCAUCUCCGGCACGGACGACGGGCCGACGGAGGUGUGCUACAUGAUGACCCGCGCCAACGGCGGCGGGACGAUUUUGGGAGGCACGUAUGACAAGGACAACUGGGACGCGAACCCGGAUCCGAACAUUGCGAUCAGGAUCAUGAAGCGGGCUGUCGAUCUGAACCCGAGCUUGACGGGCGGUAAGGGCAUUGAGGCGUUGAGUAUUGUCCGCCACGGCGUUGGGUUGAGGCCGUACCGCGAGAAUGGCGUCAGGAUUGAGAUUGACAAGAAGACCUUUGAAGACGGCACGCCUAUUGUCCACAACUAUGGCCACGCCGGAUGGGGAUACCAGGGAUCGUACGGUUGCUCAGAGGGCGUUGUUGAGCUGGUGAACCAAAUUAGAAGGGAGAAGGGGGAGGCCCUGACAAAUGAGCCAAAGCUGUUUUCUUGGGACCGUCCGAGUAAAUUGUAA